UCUCCCCUCUUCUCCCAUCUGUCGCCGAGGGCCGUAAUCGCCUUGGCCUUCUUCUCCCCUCCAAUCCCCACCCCGACCCCCACCUAACCCUCCCUCCCCCACCCCCCGACCCGCCGACCGCGCCUCCCCCACCCAACCACGCCGCCGCUCCCCUCCCCUCCCCGCCGCGGCGCGGGCCGGGCCGGCGGGCUCCACCGGGCCGGCGCGGAGCGGGGGAGACCCGCCCCGACCCCGGCCCCGUCCUCCUCCUCCUCCGGGUCAUAAACUAGCACAACAAACGGAUGAGGAGCUGCUGAUUUAUUGAAGCUCGACCAUUUGAUGUGAACAUUUUGCAUUCCUUCCGUGCUUAAGAUGGCGGUUGGGCUCACAUCCCAGCUGUUCCAAGGAGUCACUGCUACAAACAGGUUCGGCCAAACCAACAGUUUUUGCGGAGUACGACGGAUAGCUGGUGUGGAGAUGCGACGUUCUUCCCCAUCCACUUCGUUUCCUUCACUUGCUUAUGGGCAAGAUUCUUUGGUGCAUAACUCGCACAGGAGGAACUACAUGCCCAUGCUUUAUGUGCCUUAUAGAUAUCGGGCCUCGCGUGUUAGAUCUUUUGCCUUGCCAGUUGCUUUGAAGGAAAUUCCUUUGGUCAAGAGUGCGUCAUCAGUAUUGACUAGGUCAUGCGACACUUUACUUGCAAAUCCAGCUACUGCACUCGUGGUACCUGCAAUUGGAAUAAUUUUAUUUGCUCUAUGGGGUUUUUUGCCUCUAGUGAAGGACAUCAGAAACCGUUUUGAUCAUGGAGGUAACUGGAAAAAGAGCCCUACGUACCUAAUUUCUACUUCCUACCUUCAACCUUUACUCCUUUGGACAGGAGCAACACUUAUCUGCAGGGGUUUGGAUCCAGUCGUGUUACCUUCAGCAGCAAGCCAAGCUGUUAAAACACGCCUUUUGACUUUUGUGAGAUCAUUAUCGACUGUCCUGGCUACUGCAUAUAUUCUGACAAGCUUGAUUCAGCAGAUACAGAAAUUUCUAGUGGAUAUAAGAAGCCCCAGUGACACACGAGCUAUGGGGUUGGAUUUUACCAUGAGAGCUGUUUAUACUGGUAUAUGGAUUGCUGCUGUUUCUCUCUUUAUGGAGUUGCUGGGUUUCAAUACCCAGAAGUGGAUAACUGCCGGAGGUUUCGGGACAGUAUUGCUUACGCUUGCUGGUCGUGAGAUUUUUACGAAUUUCCUCUCAAGUGUUAUGAUCAAUGCCACCCGCCCAUUUGUAGUGAGUGAAUGGAUCAAUGCAAAGAUAGAUGGUGUUGAGGUAUCUGGUAUUGUUGAGCAUGUCGGCCUGUGGUCACCAACAAUCAUUAGAGGCGAUGACAGAGAAGCUAUAUACAUUCCUAAUCAUAAAUUCACAAUGUCUAUAUUGAGGAAUAACACUCGGAGAAACCAUUGGCGUAUUAAGACAUACCUUGCUAUAAGCCACAUGGAUGCUGGAAAAAUUGGUAUAAUUGUUGCAGACAUGAGGAAAGUGUUGGCCAAGAAUCAUAACAUAGAACAACAGAAGUUGCAUAGGAGAGUAUUUUUUGAAAAAAUUGAUCCAAAAACUCAAGCCCUUAUGAUAUACAUAUCCUGCUUUGUGAAGACAUCACACUUUGAAGAGUAUCUAAACGUCCAGGAAGCUGUUAUGUUGGAUCUUCUUACGAUAGUUGGGCACCACAGGGCAAGGCUUGCUACACAGAUUCGAACAGUUCAGAAAUCAUAUGGCAAUGCAGACAUUGACAACAUUCCUUUUGGAGAGGAUACAUAUAGUCCUCGUGCACGUGGCCGUCCGCUCCUGAUCGAUACUUCUGCAAGGAUCAGCGAUGACAAGAAACCUCCUCGACCAGCAGUAGCACGUGAAGAUCAGAAAGCAAAGGUGGCAAGUGUAUCAUCAGCAGAGACGAAGUCAGAUGCACCUGAUGGUUCUUCUAGUUUAAACAACUCCGAGAAGCAGGAGGAGAAAAAGUUGGUUCCAGACGACGCUGGGUUGAAGAAGGAUCAUGUGAAAACAACAAUACCAUCUCCCACAACUCCGUGGGCAGAUCCCGUUGCAUCUACUACUUCCAAGGCAGACGAAGGGAAGGCUCAAGGAUCAGAAGGACAAAACGGCGAUGGUUCUUCAGUUGCUACGCCAAAGAAGGAAUCUAGUAGGCCUGCCUUUGAAGACAACAUUGUUCUUGGUGUCGCUCUGGACGGCUCGAAGAGGACACUCCCAAUUGACGAAGGGAUGAACCCUCAUCUAUCGCUAUCUGAACCUGAGCAAGACACUGGUUCGUCGUUGCCCAAGAAGAAAGGUCAAAGCUACUCACUUUCAGGCCAAGACAAGGCUGACUAGAGGAAGGUGAUGGAUCCAUGUCGUCUGAUCUUUACGGAUUAAUGAUUUGUCACCAAGCCGACCUUUUUUGUGCGCUUGUGCAAAUGCAAUCAGUCACUCAUUCAUACAGCUAGCUCUUUUUUUUUUCUAUGUUCGAGGCAUGAAUAUACUUGUUGAAAUGUACCUUAGGCGUCGAUCGCUGUCAGACUUGUAAAGGUCGCAAGACGAAUAUUGUGUACAUAUGGUGCAUCUGCUGGCUGUGACGAUCUAGUGGGUUCCAUUGGGUUCAA